CGAUCGUUUUAAAACCUACAAAAAUUAUCUUCAAAAUCCAGUUAAAGUCCAGGCGACUGAUAUACGUCAAAUACGUUAUCACAAAGUGACGGGAACAAAUCACUUUACAACCAAGCCAACUAAACUUCAUCAUGAAGUCUGAGUUUAUGGCAUGGUGGCAGAGCCAAACCGCACACCCGUCCAGUUUAAGGCCGUCGGUACCGAUAUGCCCCUGCGCAGCCUGUUUCAACGGUACCGGGCACGGCGAAGAAGUGUUCAGUAACCCUAUAGACCCCGGCGAGGUUCUUCCGCUUAAGAGAGACAAGAAGAACACCACCUCCUCACCUAUCUCGAAGCCCCAGGAAGACAAGCUCAAAACACCACAAAGCAAGAAGCCAUGGUACAAGCAAGCCAGUAGCAGUCUAGUUCGAAAACCCAGCUCAGCGAGCAUGGCUUCGGACUCUGUUCCAUUAUGCUCAGCAGCAGCAUCCACUACUACUACUACGCAAACGAUACGGCGGAUGAGCUCCGAGACGCUGAGUGAGGAAGAUGGCAAGGAGGCAAGGCAAGAAGAAGAGAGGUUUAGGUCAGACACCGUUCAGCACGUUGGGAAUUUUGCCUCUGUGUACUGGUGAUGAAGAA